AUGCUCCAUAGUUUACCACAGAAUUUAGCAGACACAGAUGGAACAGUUAAAGACAGCGAAAAACCAAUGGGAGAGGCGUCACAGCCACAACGAACACUGUGGAGCCCCGAAGGAAGAAAAUGCUUACACCUUCUUCAACGGAAGACGAAGAGCUUCAACACCCUUCUCCAAAUCCAUGGCUUCAUGCUCCAUAACUCUCUCCACAAAAACCUCAAUCUCCUCACCACUUUCAUCACAACCUGCGCUUCCCUCGCUGUCUCUUCUUCGCGUCCCAACAACGCUGUCGCCAUUGUUCAACACGCUCGUCGUUUCUUUGAUCUCAUCGCCACCCACAACCGCGACCCAUUUCUCUGCAACUCCAUGAUCAACACCCACUUCGCCAUUCGCCAGUUCGUUGAGCCUUUCACCCUCUACAGAGAUCUUUGUAGGGAAAAAACCGCGUUUACACCUGAUGGGUACACAUUCACGUUGCUUGCGAAGGGUUGUUCCGCUUGCAUGGCCGCCAGAGAAGGCCUAGAGCUUCAUGGGGUUGUUGUCAAAAAUGGUUUUUGCUUAGAUUUAUAUGUGGCAACUGCGUUGGUUGAUAUGUAUGUGAAGUUUGGAGUUGUUGGUAGUGCAAGGAAGGUGUUUGAUGAAAUGUCUACGAGAAGCAGGGUUUCAUGGACUGCUAUUAUUGUUGGUUAUGCGAGGUGUGGGGAUAUGGACGAGGCUGGGAAGCUUUUUGAUGAGAUGCCUGAUAGAGAUGUUGCUGCUUUUAAUGUGAUGAUUGAUGGGUAUGUGAAAUUGGGGUGUAUGGGUUUGGCUCAGAAUUUGUUUGAUAAGAUGAGGGAUAAGAAUGUGAUUUCUUGGACUAGUAUGGUUUCAGGAUAUUGUCAUAAUGGUGAUGUUGAAUCUGCUAGGUUGAUGUUUGAUCUUAUGCCUGAGAAGAAUUUGUUUACUUGGAAUGCAAUGAUUGGGGGCUAUUGCCAGAAUAAACGGCCCCAUGAGGCGUUGAAGUUGUUUCGCGAGAUGCAAUCGGGUGCUACCGUGGAACCAAAUGAAGUGACUGUUGUGAGUGUUCUUCCUGCUGUUGCUGAUUUGGGUGCUGUGGAUUUGGGUGGUUGGAUCCAUAGGUUUGCUCAAAGGAAAAGGAUUGACCAGUCUGUUCGCGUCUGCACUGCACUGAUUGAUAUGUAUGCAAAAUGUGGUGAAAUCACAAAAGCAAAAUUGGUUUUUGAGGAGAUGGCUGAAAAGGAAACAGCUUCUUGGAAUGCUUUGAUAAAUGGUCUUGCAGUCAAUGGCUAUGCAGAGGAAGCGUUGGAGGUAUUUACAGCGAUGAUAAGGGAAGGGUUUAAACCGAAUGAGAUAACUAUGCUUGGUGUAUUAUCUGCUUGUAACCAUUGUGGCCUGGUAGAGGAAGGAAGAAAAUGCUUCAAAGCAAUGGAGAAAUUUGGAAUUGCACCUGAGAUUGAGCAUUAUGGUUGUAUGGUUGACCUUCUAGGAAGGGCUGGAUGCUUGGAAGAGGCUGAAAAUUUGAUUCAGACCAUGCCUUAUGAUGCUAAUGGGAUAAUAUUGAGUUCUUUUCUAUUUGCUUGUGGUUACUUUAAUGAUGUUUCGCGGGCUGAGAGAGUGCUGAAAGAGGUGGUGAAAAUUGAUGAGGAUUGUGCUGGAGACUACGUGAUGUUAAGAAACCUGUAUGCUACAGAGAAAAGGUGGACAGAUGUGGAGGAUGUUAAACAAAUGAUGAAGAAAAGAGGAACAAAUAAAGAGGUUGCUUGCAGUGUUAUUGAGGUUGAUGGUAGCUUCAGAGAGUUUGCAGCUGGUGAUUACUUUCAUUCACAUCUGGAGGUUAUUCAGUUAACCUUGGAGCAGUUAUGUAAGCAAAUGAAAGCCGAAAUAAUCUGUUGACAUUGAAAACAUGAGAAAGCUGAAAGGAGAGGUCAAAGGGAAGUGAAUGAAAAUUGGAAAGCAGAAAGGAG